GAAGCACCCACCCGGCUCCGCCGGAGGCCAGACCGCCUCUCUCGCCUCUUGGUUCCUCUUCCUCCUGGCCCUCUCCCUUCUCCGCUCAAAAUUCGCCUCUCGCCGCUCUCCGGGGGGUCCUCGCGACCUCAUCCCUUGCUCCCCCGAUCACCACGCGAACCCUCGAAGCCUCACCGCACGGCGGAACGCUUCGCCAAGGCCCCCGCCCACCGGGACACCUCACCUCGGAAUCUUCUCCCGUGGCCGUAGCGCGCUGCCCUUGCCCCCCCCUCUCCUCGACAAGUGCCGGCGGCGCGGAUCUAUGCGGACCCGGAAUUUGUAUUUUCCCUCGCUGGGGAUGGAGGUGCAGGUGCUCGAUUUGUCGUCAGACUCCGAGGAUGAGGUGUCGGCGCACUCGCCUCAGCACAAGCGUCCCGCGCGGCAGGAGGUUCCAGGUGCUGAUCGCGGGUUAGGAAACACAGGCGUGGACAGCCUCUCUAGGCAAGAGGGCGAAGCGAGGUUGUUGCAUGAGCCCAGCGACGCGGUGAAGAAAGGGAAAGAGAAGGUUGGCGAGGGGAAGAGCGCGUGGGUUGCGGGGCCUCCGAAACUCGGUGGAGAAUCGCUCGGUGCUUCUGGGACAGAUCCUUGGAGCGCACUGGUAAGCAAGUGUAAGGCUGGAGACGGUGGAGAUGUUGGAGCUCGGUGUUGGGGUGACUGGGGUGAUUGGGGUGAUCAGCUUCGCAACUCAGUCCCUGUGCUCCAGCAAAGAUCGGAGGAGUUUCCCAAUGGUUGUGCCGCAUCAGGUGAUCACUGGAAGGGUAUUCUUGGUGCAAUACCUGCUGAUCCUGCCAACACACUGUGGUACCCGUGGAAUGCUGGCAAGAGAGAAAAUGAGGUUGGAAUGCUAUCUCAAGACUCUCUGGAUGCUCGUGAAGUUUCUGGAUGUGAUGACUUUCUUAUGGAAGAAAGUAGCUCAGCAUGGCUUUCGAGGAUCAAAGGGCUGAACUUCCCAUUUCCUGAUGAGCGUCAGUUGAGAACCAAGCAAGUUGAGGAUGAUGAGGCGUUUGCCCGAAUGCUUCAGGAGCAGCUCAAUCAGGAACAGCCAGGCUCUCAGCAUUCUGAAGCGGUUGUUAUGCUGGACUACUCAAAUCUUAAUAUUGCCGUGUCCUCUCAAUGUGUUUUUAAUUUCUGUUCCAGGGUUGAUUUGUCUAUUUCUGUGUCUGCUUCUGCUUCUGAUGAUUCGCUGUGUAUUUCAGUUGUCACAAAUAGCUCACUUAUGGCUGACAUUUUGCAGGUUGAUAUGACAAUAGCCUGGACAUUAUAUGAGCAAGAUGCUCAGCAUGCCAUAUUUGCUGCAAGAGAAGGGCAGUCUAGUUCUAACCAAAGGGACAGAUCAAUGGCACACUUGUAUUCAUUUGGCCGGCACUCACCUGCUCAAGGUUUUGCUUCUUGGGCAUCCAAUCGUACUCAGCUUCCAAUGUCAACCAGAAGAACUUUGCCAAGAAACACUAACUGUCCUCAAGCGGUACAACGUGAUAUGCUCAUCUCUCAGUUGACCAGGGGGUGCUUCAGAGAAGACAUGGAUCUAGAAACGAGAAUGGCUGUACUGGACUCACUUUCUGAAGCAUUUGAUAACUGUGGGGAGACAUUUUCUCCAGAUUCUGAUAAUGAUGAUUAUGAGACCCUCAUAGCACUUGAUGCCAACAACCAUCACAGAGGUGCUUCUGAUGAUCAAAUAAACAGCCUGCCGCUGUCACUAGUUGAGGGUGAUAUUUGUUCAGACGAACCCUGCCCUAUAUGCUUGGACUGCCCUGCUGGUGGGGACUCCAUCCGGCAUCUGCCAUGCUUGCACAAGUUUCACAAAGAGUGCAUCGACAGAUGGCUUGGUAUGAGGAUAUUGUGCCCUGUUUGCAAGUCAACUGUGUUCUCGCAGUAGACUGUAUCAUCCGUUAUGUUUUUUUCCAGUAGCAUGAAGGUAGAUUAGCUGACCAAUAGGAAGCACUGGUACUGCUGGUACUGCGGCAAUGUGUACAUUCUGUUGUUGACCUGUGCUCUCUUCUGCUCGUGGUUCUCUGAAGUGGUGUGGAGCGUUUUAUUGCUGUGAGAAGACACUGGAAAACUCCUAUUUCCUGUUGUAUAUAGGUACCCUUUUUAGGUGUCAUGACAUGCAUAGAAACACCUACGGUACUUCAGUUUUGGGCGCUGCCAUGGGUGUGAAGGGCUGAUAUUGCACUAUGUAAUUGGCGUUCUAACUUCCAAUUACAAAUGAAGUUAAAUUAUUUUGGAGAUCUAAAGCUUU